AUGGCCUUGCUGCGGCUGAUUUGUUUCUUCCAUGUCUCCGUCCAUGCCAUAAAAUUUCACAACGUAUCAGCGGUAGGAGAGCAAGUUCUCAGCAUCAACAAGGCCCCGCAAAAUGCCACGACUGUGCCUCAGGCAAAUGCUUCGAAAGUGACAGAGGAAGGUAGUUUCGGCUUCGACAUGACAAAUGUGUCGCUACAGAAGUACGAACGCUACAUGUGGAUCAUUGCUGCGUCCUCCUUGACCUUUGCCUUGAUAUUUGAACUUUGCCAUCGACGCUUUGCCCACAUUGACCUGACGCUUCAGCCAGACUGUGGUGCUGAGCAUCACGAGCAAAAGAUCAGCCAGCUGUUUUCCGGUAUAUUGCCGCUGGCAAGGCCGUUCUUCCUUGAGAAAAGUGGCGCUUGGGGAUAUAUUUCCGCUAUCGCGAUGAUUGGAGGGAUCAAUCUGGUCCUGGGGAUCAUCCUUAUGGUGUGGAAAAAAGAGUUCUGGGAUGCCAUCGAGAAGAAGAACAUUGACCGCUUCUUUCCGCUCCUAUUGGACGUGGCGUUUCUGGCCUGCGGACGUAUCGUGCUCUCCACUUACAGCGAUUACAUCGGAAUGAUGCUGUCCAUCCGAUGGCGGCAACACAUGACGCAGUGGUUGGUUAGCUUGUGGCUUCAGGACAAGUCUUUCUACAGCCUCCAACUGGGUAAUGGUAAGGCACCGGACAAUCCAGACCAACGAAUCCAAGAAGACGUGCGGGUCUUUGUUGAGCAAUCCAUGCUGCUGGGAACUGGCUUCACAAUAUCUGUGAGUCAGCUGGUCUCUCGCUUGCCAAUGCUGCUGGUGCUAUCCCCUAGCUAUGCCUUUGGAACGUUCUAUUGCCCCGGCUGGUUGCUGUACAUCUCAUUGAUCUACUCCGGCCUCGGGACCUUCGUAGCGCAUGAGGUUGGGAAGCGGCUCAUUGUGAUCAACUUUGGUUUGCAGAAAUACGAGGCCAGCUUUCGCUAUGACGUGGUGCAGAUCCGCGAUAAUGCGGAGUCGAUUGCAUUGUACGGUUCUGAAGCAGUUGAGGAAAAUCGACUCAAUCAGCGCUUUGAGUGGAUUGCGCGAGUGUGGUGGAUGUUGAUGAGCAGCACCAAGCAGUUGGGUUUUUUUCAGUCGUUCUACUACCAGACUUCUGCCAUCUUCCCAUACUUGCUGCUUGCGCCCAGCUAUUUCAAAGGUCAAAUUACUCUCGGGAGCUUGUUCAUGCUCUUUGACGCGUUGGCAACCGUGAAGGGCGGCUUUGACUGGUUCUUGGGAAGCUAUGGCACCUUGACAAGUUAUCGCGCUACAGUGGAUCGUUUGUCCAAUUUCAUGGAGGCUCUUCAUCAAAAGCCUCAAGGUGACGUCAGACGUCUGCAGGUCGGCGACGCAGUAGCUGCCAAGGUGUCAAAGCUGCAGGUGUCGCUACCUUCGGGCCGCAAGUUGUGGGACCAUGCAGAGCUGCAAGUCCUGUGUGGUGAGUUCGUUCUCCUGAGUGCACCUGAAGGCACAGGAAAGAGUUGCUUCUUCAGAGCAAUGGCUGGGAUUUGGCCCCAUGCCGAUGGCGAAGUCUUCCUUCCUGAGCACGUUCUCUUCGUGCCGCAAAAGUCGUACAUUCCCCAGGGGACGCUGAAGCAAGCAGUGACCUAUCCUUUGGGCUCUAGCGAUUUCUCAGAUGAUGAGGUGAAUGGCGCCCUGAAGGCUGUGGAUCUAAGUUGUCUUGAAGGCCGCGCUUUGAAAGAUGAAGCUAAUUGGGCUUUGUUACUGUCUGGUGGUGAGCAGCAACGUUUAGCCAUGGCAAGGGUCCUGCUGAGACAACCACAGGUUCUUCUUUUGGAUGAAGCCACCAGUGCGAUGUCAGCUGAGGCUGCCUUGGACAUGUUUGCUCUAUUGCGCAGGCCUGGGAGCCUGCCCAAGGGUGCAGCUGUCAUUACGGUGAGUCACGAUGUCGAGCUUCUGAAAUCGCUGCACGACUCCCACUAUGUCUACGACGCUGAAAGCGCCAGUUGGACGGUGGCCGGAAAGAUGGCCCAUCCUGGGGCUGAACCCAACGGCUUAGCAACCAAUUUGAUGAUUGUGAAUUGUGAGGUAG